AUGUCAUAUCUCUUAACACCUCCUCUGGUUAAAAUGAUAUAUUCAAUUUGCUAAAAAAAUGAAUUCGCUAAAUCAGAGAGUUCGGUUGAAGAAGAUGUUUACUUUAUUGAAUCUAUAAGAGCAGAAGCAUAAAAUCCGAUGAGUAAGAAUUUUGAUUAAGUUGAUUCUACUAUUGAAUUUCAAAAGGACUUUGAAGAGUUCUUGAACUCUCUAGAUUGA